AUGGCAAUUAAACCAAGAACUAAGGGCAAGUCGUACUCAUCGAGAUCGGCAGGGCCCCAAUGGUUCAAUAUAUUUGGCUUCAGGCAGAGCAAGUAUGGCACUUGCAAAUUUCUAUCGAUCAUAACGACCUUCGUUUGCAUUCUUUAUGUCUUCUCUAGUCGGUUUUAUCCAAUAUCUCAUUCCGCGGGCGUAUCAUAUCCUCCAUCUCAUGGACUGUACAUUCAUGAAAUUCCUGCUUCCAGCCGAUUGAUUUUUCCACGUAUAGAGCAUGCUCCUUUAUUGAAGGAAGUGACAGUCAGGAGUCUUUAUACUACAAGAACAGAAUUGGAUGGUAGCAAGAGGUUAGUUUUGAAACCUGAAGAGAAUGCCAUGACUGAUGAAGAGAAAAAGAAGACUACCGAUCAAAUUUUACUAGUAAAGCAUUCGUUUCUGGACCAUGGAAAGCUAGUAUACCGUAGAAACAAUGAUGUGCCCGAAGUGGUGGUGGUUACAUUAAUAGAUUUUGAAAACUAUGAUUCAGAAACAGUUAUUCAAAUUGUUCAAAAUAGGGUCGAUUACGCUCAAAAGCACCAAUAUGGUGUCUACAUUCGUUGGAUACAAGAGUUUUUGCCGGCCUUGGAAAACCAAAACCUGGCUGAAAGCUACGAUUUCAUCAAGCCGUUAAUGAUAAGAGCCGCCAUGCACGCCUUCCCAACUGCCAAAUACAUUCAUUUUGUUGAUCAGGACGCCCUAUUGAUGAAUCUUGAUCUUUCCUUACAGAAAUACCUGUUGGAUCCCAGGAUUUUGGAUUUAGCUUUGCUAAAAAACGUUCCUGUUGUAGCUAACUCUAACAUCAAGACAUACAAUCAUUUUGAGUACAACUCUGCAAAGAUCAUCAUUCCCCAUGAUGGGAAUGGUAAUAUCGAUACAUCCUCCUUUGUCGUUGCUAAUGAUUUCCAUGGCCAAGCUCUGAUAGACUAUUUAAACGAUCCGUUGCUAAGAAAUUUCCCAUGGGAUACUACCGGUGAUAAGUUGAGUUGCGCUAUCGGCCACAUUUUGCAAUGGCAUCCUACAUUACUGGGUAAGACAGCGAUUGUCAUACCAAAGGUUUUAGCAAGCCAAUACGACGCCUCCUUGGACCAAGAGGGCCAGUCAGGGAAUGGUGCCUCCGGAGGUGACGCUUAUCAUUAUAAUGAAGGUGACUUAGCUGCUUCUUUCAAGGGAUGUAGGUUAAGAGGUACUUGCGCCGAUGAGAUAAGUCACAUGUAUAAAAAAAUCAAGAGGUCUUGA